AUGAAGCAAAAUGGCCUAGUGGAAGACGUCCCUGCCAUGGCAGGGGGGCUGGAGACCUUCGUGUCCGUCGCCAAGACGCUGCCGUCGCCCGAAGUGUACGAUGUCGUGGAGGGAUACGUGAAAAUUUCCAUGGAGUGUGCUGAGAUAUUCAAGCUUCUGGAUGGAGAAAGGAAGCCUGAAAGUGAAAUGCUGUUAAUCUUUCAAGCUCUAGAAGCUAUUUUACUGAGGACAGCCAGUGACCUCUCACAUUUUUCUGUUGUGGGAAUGAACAUUGUCAAAAAGUUGAUUCAUUCCUAUAUGAAACUGGUCUAUGCUGCUUUGUAUUCUGAAAAUCACAGGAUGAGCCGAGGGUGCCUCACACUGCUGUCAGCGAUGGUGGCUCAGGGCCCGGAUUCAGCAAGGGACGUAUAUAGUCAUUUUGAUUUCAAUAACAAGUACCUGCCUGGAUUGUUGAAAAGAAGGUGUAAGCAGGGGAGACCAGAUGUCCGCAUGGCCUAUAUUCAGUUUGCUCUCUCCUUUCUCAUUGCUGGUGACAAUGCAAUCUUGGCACAGGUGCUGGAAUUAAAAGAUUUCAUUCCAACUAUUCUUCGCUCUGAAAUAAAGGAAGACAGAGUUUCUACUGUCAAUCUUCUACUUUCCACGCUGAGAACUAAG